AUGGCACCUCUCACGCAAGCCUCGGAUGAGCACACGCAUCAGGCCCUCCUAGACCAGCUCGACAUCUACGCUGUCCCAAAGCCAUUUCGAAAUCCCGGCUGGAAGGCGGCCCAGCGCCGAAACAAGAACGUCAAGCAGAUCAUUGCCGAUGCCUCCCGCAAAGAGAAUUCAGUCAUGGCCACACAAAACAACAGCGGCGCCUCCACGCCCCUUCUCCCCUAUUCUACGACAGCGACAGGUGGAGCUGGCACACCCAUCGGUGGUUCUCACCCAACUUCAAACAUCGCACAAGCCGCCCAGAGCCUCUCUACCCUCGUCUUAGAGAAGAACUUGAAGGCAUCUGGGCUGACUAGCGGACCUGCAGCGACAUAUACGAACAUUGAAGCGGCACCUUCUCUGCACCCGGCCGCCCACAAGAAGUACUGCGAUAUCACCGGGCUACCAACGACAUACACCGACCCCAAGACUCGCCUCCGUUACGCCAAUAAGGAAAUGUUUGGAGUGGUUCGAAGUCUGGGCCCAGGGCUAGCGGAGGGGUAUCUGGCAGCAAGGGGUGCUCACACGGUGUUGAAGUGA